AUGCAGUCAAUCUCAUCACCUCCGCUGCCCAAAUGCCCUUACGCUCUCCCCAACCCUUCUCCUCCUCUCUUCUUCCACCACCCCACCAAAAACCCUACCUGUCUCUCCUUUCUCCCCCUUAAACCCCUCACCCACUUCACCUCCCACUGCUCCCUCUCCCUCUCCCUCUCCCACACCAAACCCACCCCCAACUCCCACUCCCAAUCCGAUUCCGACCCUUAUAACCUCCACACUCUCCUCCUCCAAUAUAGCCCCUCCUCCGAAGACCCCACCACCAGCAGCAGCAGCAGUAGGAACAACCAAGCAGGCCCAGAAAGCCCAUUUGAAGACCAAACCGAGAAAGUUGGAAACAUGUGGUUGGCAGACUUGAAAGCAGCAUUGGGGCAGAGACUCAACUUCGGGGCGAUAGUGCUUUCGGCUAGGGUGUUUGUCAGAGACCAGCACUUGGCUCUGCCGCAUGUUUCGGUGCCCGACAUAAGACACAUUGAUUGGGUUGAGCUUCACAGAAGGGGCUUCAAGGGAGUUGUGUUUGAUAAAGACAACACUCUCACUGUUCCUUACUCUUUGACGCUUUGGGGUCCUCUCGGGUCUUCACUCGAGCAGUGUAAAUCGGUUUUCGGGCCCGAUAUUGCCGUCUUCAGUAACUCCGCUGGGUUGUAUGAAUAUGAUCAUGAUGGUUCGAAAGCUAGGGAGCUUGAAAGUGCGAUUGGAAUUAAAGUCAUAAGGCAUAGAGUGAAGAAACCAGCUGGGACAGCUGAAGAGAUCGAGAAGCAUUUCGGUUGUAAGUCGUCACAUCUUAUUAUGGUGGGUGAUCGACCCUUGACUGAUAUCGUCUAUGGGAAUCAAAAUGGCUUUCUAACUAUCUUAACUGGGCCUUUGAGUCUUGCGGAGGAGCCAUUCAUUGUUAGGCAGGUGAGGAAACUAGAAACUGCGCUUGUGAGUACUUGGUCUAGGACAGGACUAAAACCUAUGAGUCAUAGGUUGUUGCCUGAUGGCAUGCAGUGUGUGAAACAUCCACCAACCCUGUAAGAACUAUUGUUAAUUUAUUCAGAAUCAAGAUCUCUUCAAGGUGCCAUUG